GUGGGAUGGAAUAUGGGACAGAAGAAAGAAAAAAAGGAAGUCGAAGUCGAACGCGCCCGCUCGAAGUGAGGUUGGGAUAGAGGAAAAAAACCCGGCCGGUGUGUGCCCUAUCCACACCCCGGCUCUGAUUGGCUGCAGAUCAAUCCUAAGCAGUGCCCAAGCGAGCGUCUGCCUAAGGCCUCGAGCAAUUUAGGCGUUUUUGACAGCCGUUGAUUGGCGGGGCCUCGGGGUGGUAGUCGGCCCGAAAGUUGAAGAUGCCGGCACUAUUUAAAAUUCUCCCUGUGAGUUUCACCGGGCUUACUCUUUCUCCUUUCUUGUGAACAUUGAAGCCGAAGCAACUGGUGCGACUCCGUGGCCAUUCGCGCUGGGAGUCUCUUGAGCUGAUUGUCACUUAUUCGACGUCUCUCAUCUUCGCUCCAGGCACCGCCCACCAUGGGCUUCACCAAGGAAACUGCCAGUAUUGGCAUUAUCGGAAUGGGUGAUAUGGGCAAAAUGUAUGCCCAGCGCCUCAGUGCCGCAGGAUGGAGGAUUAAUGCAUGUGACAAACUCGAUUUGUAUGAGGACUUGAAAAAUGAAUUUGAAUCUCAACAAGGUGUUACCGUAUACCCGAAUGGACACCUGGUUUCUAGGAUUAGCGAUUACAUCAUUUACAGUGUAGAGGCUGGUGUCAUUGACAAGGUAGUCGCUGAGUAUGGCCCAUCCACCAAGGUCGGCGCAAUUGUUGGAGGUCAAACGUCCUGCAAGGCCCCGGAGCUUGCUGCAUUCGAUAAGCAUCUUCCCACGGAUGUAGAAAUUGUAUCCUGCCAUUCGCUCCAUGGGCCCAAGGUCAACCCCAAGGGCCAACCACUGGUCCUGAUUCAACACCGUGCGUCCGAUGAGAGCCUCAGAUUCGUCGAAGAAGUCCUAUCAUGCUUCGGCUCCGAAUACGUCUAUCUAACGGGAGAGAUGCAUGACCGGAUCACCGCCGACACGCAGGCGGUUACACACGCCGCCUUUUUGAGCAUGGGUACGGCUUGGCAAGCAAACAAUCAGUUCCCCUGGGAAUUCUCCCGCUGGGUUGGAGGCAUCGAGAACGUCAAGAUCAACAUCACCCUGCGCAUCUACUCUAACAAAUGGCACGUGUACGCGGGCCUGGCCAUUCUCAACCCGGCGGCGAAGAAGCAGAUCCGCCAGUAUGCCGAAUCGGUGACCGAACUCUACAAGCUCAUGAUCGAGGGCCGUCGCGAAGAGCUCAAACAGCGCGUCAAGGCAGCAGGCGAGGCCGUUUUCAAAGCGGGAACCGAGAGUCAAGAGCUGCUGCUGAAGGACGAGGUGCUCGAUCGCUUCUCCUUGUCGAAUGGUCCGCGCGAGAAGACGCCGCCCAACAAUCACCUCAGUUUGCUUGCCAUCGUCGACUGCUGGUCCAAACUCGGAAUCGUGCCUUAUGACCAUAUGAUCUGCUCAACACCCCUCUUCCGUCUCUGGCUAGGUGUCACAGAGUACCUGUUUCGCAGCCCCGAGCUUCUCGAGGAGGCUCUCGACACCGCCAUCGAUGACAAGACGUUCCGGUCCGACGACUUGGAAUUCACUUUCGCAGCGCGGGCGUGGUCCGACUGUGUCUCUUUCGGUGAUUUCCAGUCCUACCGCGAUCGCUUCGAACGUAUCCAGCAGUACUUCGCCCCACGAUUUCCCGAAGCCGUCAAGCUGGGCAACGAAAUGAUGAAGACCAUCCUGGAAAAGACUACCCCCGGAAAUUCCUAAAAUUAGUAACCCGGUUUACCCCCGGGAAAACUGUACCAAAAUGAGAAACCAUGACAGCUUUUCCCAAAACCACGAAAUCAUAAGUCAAAAAUCAGCCCACUAAAGGAAAGGGCAAGCCACAGGAACUUGGCGGGACGUCGGGUAGCGCGUUUGAAAACAUCCGCGCGCCGCGGGGGGGGGGCUCGGAGAGGACCCAACACCAUAAGAGAAGUACGGAGCUCCGUGGGGAGGCGGAGAGUGAGAAGAGUGCCAAAGGGGGCUCCUGCUCUUGUACCGUAGUUGGAUAAUAUUGUUGUUAGCGUAUGCCUGG